AUGGGAACGGAGCAAACCGCGGAGAUCUCGGAGCCUCUGCUGCGCCAGGAUGAAGCUGCGCCGGCGAAAAUCCCCGCCGUCGACGAUGAAAUCGAGCAGAUUCCUGAAUGGAAAGAUCAGAUCACGAUCAGAGGGCUUGUGGUCAGCGCCAUAUUAGGGACGCUUUUCUGUAUCAUCACUCACAAACUAAAUCUGACGGUCGGGAUCAUACCGUCUCUCAACGUCGCCGCAGGUCUGCUAGGGUUCUUCUUCGUGAAGUCAUGGACCGGUUUUCUGUCAAAAUUGGGAUUCCUGGUUCAACCUUUCACCCGGCAAGAGAAUACCGUCAUCCAGACGUGCGUUGUGGCUUGUUACGGUCUCGCCUUCAGCGGGGGAGCCGGGUCAUACUUGCUAGCUAUGGACGAGAAAACGUAUAAACUGAUUGGUGAAGAUUAUCCGGGUAAUCGUGCAGAGGAUGUGAAGAACCCUGGACUGUUGUGGAUGAUGGGAUUUAUUUUUGUUGUUAGUUUCCUGGGAUUGUUUAGUCUAGUUCCUCUUCGUAAGGUUAUGGUCCUGGAUUAUAAGCUGACCUAUCCAAGUGGGACUGCCACAGCUAUGUUGAUCAAUAGUUUCCAUACAAACACUGGAGCUGAACUUGCUAAGAAACAGGUGUCUUGUCUUGGAAAAUAUUUAAGCAUAAGUUUCUGCUGGAGCUGCUUUAAGUGGUUCUUCAGCGGUGUUGGUGAUUCAUGUGGAUUCGACAAUUUCCCCAGCCUUGGAUUAACUCUAUUCAAGAAUACGUUCUAUUUUGACUUCAGUCCAACUUAUGUUGGAUGUGGGCUAAUUUGUCCACACAUAGUCAACUGUUCAGUUCUUCUUGGAGCCAUCAUUUCAUGGGGUUUUCUUUGGCCUUUCAUUUCACAGCGGGCAGGUGACUGGUAUCCGGCUGAUCUCGGCAGUAAUGAUUUCAAAGGUCUCUAUGGAUACAAGGUUUUCAUAGCCAUUGCUCUCAUCCUGGGGGAUGGACUUUAUAAUUUGAUUAAGAUCAUAUCAGUGACUAUAAAGGAAAUAUGCACCAAACAUAGUCUUCCAAUCGUCACCGAAGUUACAGAUUACCCCACCUCCAAAUCUCUUAUAGAACAAAGGAAACGCGACCAAGUCUUCCUCAAGGACAACAUUCCGUUCCGGUUUGCGGGCACCGGGUACGUAGCCCUUGCCGCCAUAUCAAUCGCCCUUCUCCCGAAGUUCUUCCCACCCCUCACAUGGUACUUGGUCCUCUGCUGCUACCUCCUGGCCCCUGCCCUUGCCUUCUGCAACUCUUAUGGCACCGGCCUCACCGACUGGAGCCUUGCCUCCACCUACGGCAAGAUCGGCCUCUUCAUAAUUGCCACCAUCGUUGGGUCCCAGGGUGGUGUCCUCGCUGGCCUUGCCUCCUGUGGUGUCAUGAUGUCCAUUGUCUCCACCGCGGCCGACCUCAUGCAGGACUUCAAAACCGGCUACCUCACUUUAUCCUCCCCGAAAUCCAUGUUUGUUAGCCAGCUGGUGGGUACUGCCAUGGGCUGCAUUAUUGCCCCGCUCACUUUCUGGCUCUAUUGGACUGCGUUCGACGUAGGGUCCCCCGACAGCCCGUACAAGGCACCGUACGCCGUUAUAUACCGGGAAAUGGCGAUUCUUGGGGUCGAGGGGUUCUCCGAGCUGCCCAAGCACUGUCUGGCACUGUGCUGUGGGUUCUUUUUGGGGGCUUUGGGUGUUAAUCUUUUGAGGGAUGUUAUCCCUAAACGGGCCUCGAGGUUUAUUCCUAUACCGAUGGCGAUGGCCGUGCCGUUUUACAUCGGGGCUUAUUUCGCGAUUGACAUGUUUGUGGGGACUGUGAUACUGUUUGUUUGGGAGAGGGUGAAUAGGAAGGACUCUGAGGACUAUUCGGGUGCAGUGGCAUCGGGCUUGAUUUGUGGGGACGGGAUUUGGACGAUACCGUCAGCAAUACUUUCGAUCCUGAGGGUGAACCCACCUAUCUGCAUGUACUUUGGCCCGUCUGCUAGUAGCUGA